ACGGUGAACUACGCGCCACUGUGGACGUUAACGUUUGCUCCUCACUGUGUUGUGUUCUUUUUGCUCUCAUUGUUGUGUCUGUGCGUGCGUUUCGACCACCUAAAGCAAGAGCGAGAGAGAGUGUUUUGUGUUCGAGUGAGAGAGAGAGCGAAAGUGUGUGUCUAGCUGGUUGCACGUGAAUCGCAGCAGUAGAUAAACAAAAAAAAGAAAAAAAACAUCCAGCAGCAGUAAAAAGAGCAUAGUUUAUAUACCCGAGACGAUAUUUCAACGUGUUUUUUUUUGGCGCGCGCGAAUUGUUCUUUCUUAUCUUCCUGCUAGCUGCUUUCAACUUUAACAAAAGCCAAAUACAAAACUCAACUUUUACCUUUUACCGCCCACCGCAAGAUGUCGCUGCUCACUGGCAAUAGUCACUCGCUCUCCGAGGAGGAAAUCGAUGAAUACUCCGAUGGAACUGUCAAGUUGCGCAACUCAAACAUUGAGCUGAUGGAUCAGGAUAUUCUAUAUCAUUUGGCCUUGGGCAGUGAGAGUCAUGAUUUGCAGGAGAUGUUUGGUGAAGUCAAGUUUGUUUGCAUGGGCGGCACACCAAAGCGUAUGGAGAAUUUUGCACACUUCAUCAUGGAUGAGAUUGGCUACAAGCUACCAGCUGGCACACAACUCCAGGAUAUUAGCGCGUAUUCGUACCGCUAUUCGAUGUACAAGGUGGGCCCAGUGCUCUGUGUCAGCCAUGGCAUGGGCACGCCCUCGGUGAGCAUUCUGAUGCACGAGAUGAUCAAGCUGAUGUACCAUGCCAAGUGCAUGGAUCCCAUCUUCAUACGCAUUGGCACCUGCGGUGGCAUUGGCGUCGAGGGCGGCACCGUCAUCAUCACCGAGGAUGCUCUCGAUGGACAAUUGAGGAACUCGCACGAGUUUACAAUUCUCGGCGAGACCGUGCAUCGUCCAGCUAAGUUGGACAAGAAGUUGGCACGUGAACUCAAAUCGCUCGCCAGCUCAGAUGAUCCCUAUGACACCAUCAUUGGCAAGACCCUCUGCACAAACGAUUUCUAUGAGGGUCAGGGACGUCUCGAUGGCGCCUUCUGUGAGUUCAGCGAAUCGGAUAAAAUGACAUAUCUGGAGAAGCUGCGUGAUCAUGGCGUUGUUAACAUCGAAAUGGAGAGCACCAUCUUUGCGGCGCUGACUCAUCAUGCGGGCAUCAAGGCCGCUGUCGUCUGUGUGGCCCUGCUGAAUCGCCUCAAUGGCGAUCAGGUCAACGCCCCCAAGGAGGUCAUGCAUGAGUGGCAGCAACGGCCACAGAUACUUGUCUCCAGAUACAUACGCAAGGUGCUCGCCCAGCAUGGCCAGCUGAAGUCGUUGUUUGGGCAUCAGGGAUCUAUUAAGUCGCCCAGACGCUUCAAGCUGGUACAGCAGGAAUCUCAGGCCCAUGAGUAAAAGCUAUUAGCCAAAUUUAGUGCACAAAUGAAAGGAUCAGGGGCAUAUAUAUAUAUAUACAUAUAUAUAAAACUACAUUGUAUUUGAUUUAAUUUUCAAGUUACCUUGGACACAGUCGAUGUCGAAACCAAACUCUUAUGUAUACAAAAUGUUUGAACAUUCCUUAGUUUAGAUUCGCAUUAAGUUCUUUAGAUUCCACAUUAUGCAUAUGUAUUUACUCGUAUCUCUGUAUGUAUAUCCAGCCUCUCAUUAGCUUAUUUAAACAAAAAACCCAAAAUCAUAUGAUACACAAAAUGAAUGAACGAAUGACAUUCAUUUACAAAUGCUGAACGAAAACCAAUUACAAAUAAACUCAAUGUGACGUUGUGUUUCAAAAUGCAUUCAA